AUGCUGCUACCAUUAACAGUCGGCGCAAUUUUAGUACUUCAAGUUAUGGCCCAUGCUUCUAUCUGGCAUCCGAGCAUGUGGGGUUUUAAUGUUACAAUGCAGACCUUUCCGUAUGACAACCGUCCUGUGGCGCCUCUUAUAAAUUAUACUUUCGAUCAAUGGUGGUUUCACGGUCACCUCGAUUAUCCUCCGAACGACGGAGAUUUUUUCGAACUUCCCGCUGGAAAGCCGGUUACUGCCCAGAUCGCUUGCGACAAGGGCGCCACAACCUACUUUGCAUCCGACCCUGGGGGAAACAUUCAAAGUGGGGACAACGUCUGUCCUGGAUCGCCAAUAUCGGAAUUCCAUACCACAGGGAUCGACGACGUUAAGGGCUGCGGAUUGGCCGUAACAUACAAGUCCAACGUAACGGACGUGAAGCCUGACGAUUUCACUGAUGCCUCCUUGCCCGGAAGGGGGCUGCAUCUGUGCCUUCUUUUGGAUACAUUCUCCAGAUAUCAUGAACUGAUUACCAUGAAGCCCGAUAGUGGCAGUGAACAAAACUAUAUGAACGGGUUCCGAUGUAACGUCUCUGGGUCUACGUCUACCGUCUCUUUGGCUGCACCCCAAGUAGCUCGUCGCUGUGGUGCCGACCCUGCGAACGGCAGGCCAGAAGCUAGUCCUGGAAAUUGCACAUAUGGAGCGAAGCAGCCAUUAUACUGGUUUCAGGCAGAAGGAAACAAUAUGUUUGAGGGCACAUAUUCACCUCCAUUUUAUAAUGACUUGUAUAACUUCUUGGACGGUGCGCAGGAAGACAUUUUCGAAGAUUCUUACCCUAAUGGAAUUCCACCACCGAGCCCGAACUCCACGGUUGUCCCGGUCGCGAAUCUGGCAGGGGUCGCCUCGACGUCUACACCACUCCCGCUUAGUGUAACUGGCCCUCCUGUGUCAUUUUCCACCAUUUCCGGAUCUCCAUCUUCAUCUCCAAUCGUGGCAUCUCCGCAGCCGAGUCCUACAUUGGCCAGAGAACCGAUAAGUAGCACAUUGAAUCCCAUGUGUGAAAUUCAGUCUCUUCACCGCCGUUCGUUGCGCCGCAGGUCGACCUGGACUGGUUUCGAACGGGCUGCAUCGGUUGUCCGCCGUGACACACUAUCGCUUCAAGACCGCAAUAGACUAUGGAAUCUUUUCUGA